AUGAGGCAUUCGCAGCUGCUCCUAUCGCUCCUCCUCGUCGCCAGUCUUGUCGCCGCGGCAACCGCGCUCCGCCACGCCUCCCUUCCUCUCGACGAUUCCUCUGCAUCAUCCGUCCCCUCGUCUCUCGCGAACGGUGCGGAUCGAUCCGCAUCUGUCGCGGUCGCCCGUCGCUUGCUCGGUCUGUCUGUUGACGACGUUGACGAUGACGGUGCGACGCGGGGACUCUCCGUCACGGUCCUGUCGCCGCAUUUGACGGCGGUGAAUGCGGAGGAAGGGGGAGAAAUGGCGGAAAGGAUCAUUGGUGCCCGCAGGGGUUUGCAGGAGGACGAGGAGACGGGGGAAUUGACCAGCACCAGCAGCAGUAAGCUGAGCAAGAAGAAGAAGAAGAAGCUGAAAAAGAAGAAGAAGAAGGUGAAGACCGCUUUGAAGGUAAAGAAGUCUGUUCUUAGCGAGGAUGCGGACGAGGAAAGCGCGGCGGUAGCGGCGGAAGCGGAGGGAGCGGAAGGAGCUGUUGCGAAGGAGGGGGCGCAGGGGGAGGACGAGGCGGGAGUGGGAAGUGUUAAGACGAGGAAGAAGAGCGAUGAGAUGAUACAGAUGGCGGUAGGGGGCCGCGAGGACGCAGAGGAGAGCGAGCUUAGCGCGGGGAAGACGGCGAGGGAGAGCGAGGAAGAUGAUUCCGCUGCCGCUGCUGCUGGUGCUGCUGAUUCCGAUGGUGCUGCUGAUAGUGAUGGUGGCGAUGACGAGGGUACUGUGCGAAAGGCGAAGAAGAAGAAAACGAAGAGCAAGUUAAGCAAGAAGAGUAAGACGAGUACGGCGGAUGAUGAAGCGGAGCAAGAGGGGGAAGAGGGACUGGUGAGGAAGGCAGGGAAGGCUAGCGGUGCGGCGGACGAAGAGGACGCUUCUGCUGCUGCUGCUGCUGCUGGCGCUGAUGAUGCUGACGCUGCUGCUGGUGAUGCUGAUGCUGUUGAUGAUGCCGAUGGUGUGGGCUUUGGCGUGAAGAAGAGCUCCAAGAGCAAGAAGAAGAAGAGCAAGACAAAGAAGAAGAAGAAGAAGACGACGAGCAAGCUGGCGCCAGACGACGACGACGAGGGGGCACGCGAGGGGACGGGCGGCGAUGGUGCCGAGGAGGUGGCGAAGGGAGCUGGUGAGGAGGAAGGAGAGGAGGAGGGGGCGGGGGCGGUGGGUGUGGGGAGUAAGGUGGCGAAGAAGAGAGCGUCUGGUGUUGCUGACGGGGAUGAGGAAGGGGAAACUGGUGCGGGCGCAGAGGAGGCUGAGGUGGGGAAGAAGCGAAAGAGCGGCAGCAGCAAGAGCAGCAGAGCGAGCGCAGAGGAGCCGGGCGCAGAGGAGGAUGCGGAGGCGGCGGCAGCAGGCGAGGCAGCCGCGGAGAAGGACGACACUGAGGGCGCGGCAACGGGAGGCGCCAUGGCGAAAGCAGCAGCGGCAGCGGACGCGGAGGAGGGAGGCGAUGCACCCGCCAAGGAGUCUCUCUCGGCGGAGGAGGAGGAAGGGGGAUCGGGGGAGGCGGGGGAGGCGGGGGAAGGGGACGGGGAGGCAGGCGGGUCCAAACGGCGGUCAUCCGCGGAGGAGAAGGUGGAGGCGGCAGCGGAAGCGGCGGAGACGGCGGCAGCAGAGGCGGCGGGCGCGGGGGACGUGGCAACGGUGGAGGCAGCGCAGGAGGACAGCGGGAACAGCGGGGUCGCAGACGAGAUCGUGCUCGCGCCUGCCACUGACAUCAACACACAGAGCGGGAGUGGGAGCGGGGCGGGGAGUGCGACGGGCGCAGGGGAGGCGGAUGUGGGGGUGGUGGAUGAGUCAGUGGUGCUGGGAAAGGAGGGCGAGGCGGCGGCAGCAGCGGCGGACGAGGGCGCGGCGGAGGUGAGCGUGGGCGAGCAGCUGGAGCUGGAGGCGGCGGCGCUGGAGGAGGAGGAGUCGCUCGUCAACUUCAUGACCAACCUGCACGGCGUGCCCCACCGCAUCACCCCCACGCUGCAAGGCCUCCGGGACAAGGCGGCGAAGCACAUGGCGCCGACCAUCAGUCGCCUGGCGCAGAAGGGCCAUGCAGCCUUCAUCCACACGUCCGCCACUCUCCGUUCGCACAUCACGCCCUACGUGGGCGAGUCGUACUCGCCUCUACUCGCCUCGGCGCUCUCCUUCUCGCUGCUGCUCAUCCCCCUCGCGCUCAUCCUCUACCUGCUCAACAAGGCGCGCGUGAUUCUCACCGUGCCCAAGCUGCUGCUGCUCGCCAACCUGUACCUCACGCUCUACUGCUUCACGCUGCUCGUGGCGUGUGUCGUGGUGGGCGGGGAGCCCAUGGCGAGUCUCAGAGCGGUUGCCGAGCCGAAUUUCUAUGUGCUGCAGCUGGUGCAGUUUGCAGGGUUCAUGCUGUACCUGGGGCUGCAGGUGAGGAGGCGGAAGGAGAGUUAUUGGGCAUUUCACUCCCCCUCAACUCACCGCAUUCGUCAUCCCCAUCGUCGUCUCCCUUUUUUCCUCCCCUCCAACUCCACGCCCCUCCUCCUGCCCGCCCGCCACCCCUUCCGUUUCCCUUUCCCUCGCCAGUUCUGGUCCCUAGGCAGCGCUCUCCGGAGCAACUCGCGGCAGCGGGACCUGGGGGCGGUGGCACGGGCGCUCAUCCAGUGCACGGCCACAGUUGGCAUCGGGCUGCACUACUACCUGGCGGUGUUUGAGCGCGCCAUGCUGGACGAGGCCCUGCGCAUGAGCGCGUGGGCGUACCUGGUGUAUGCGCUCGUGUUUGCGCUGCUCACUCUGCUCACCAGAACGAAGCAGAUGCGCGAGGAGAUUGGGAAGAACACGUGA